CUUGCAGUGGCGGGAGUCUGGAGGCGAGCGAGCGGGGCGGCGUUGUCGGAAGGGGGCCGAGCUGCGGCUCCGUGUGGCACUUGGGGGGCGAUCUCCUCGGCGUUUCCCUCGGCGCAGGCCUCCUGCUCUCCCUCCUCCUCCUCCUCCUCCUCGGGCCCAGAUGCUCUUCAACUCGGUGCUCCGCCAGCCCCAGCUCGGCGUGCUGAGGAACGGGUGGUCUUCUCAUUACCCUCUGCAAUCCCUUCUAAGUGGUUAUCAGUGCAACGGUAAUGACGAGCAUACAUCUUAUGGAGAAACAGGAGUCCCUGUUCCUCCUUUUGGAUGCACUUUCUGUACAGCUCCCACUAUGGAGCAUAUAUUAGCAGUUGCCAAUGAAGAAGGCUUCGUCAGAUUGUAUAACACAGAAUCACAAACCAGCAGAAAGACAUGCUUCAAGGAGUGGAUGGCUCACUGGAAUGCUGUCUUUGACCUGGCCUGGGUCCCCGGUGAACUUAAACUUGUUACAGCAGCGGGUGACCAAACAGCCAAAUUUUGGGAUGUAAACGCUGGUGAGUUGAUGGGAACUUGCAAAGGCCAUCAGUGCAGCCUCAAGUCUGUAGCUUUUUCCAAGUUUCAAAAAGCUGUAUUCUCUACAGGUGGAAGAGAUGGCAACAUUAUGAUCUGGGAUACCAGGUGCAACAAAAAAGAUGGAUUUUAUAGACAAGUGAAUCAGAUCAGUGGCGCUCACAACACUGCAGACAAGCAGACCCCUUCAAAACCCAAGAAGAAACAAAACUCAAAAGGUCUUGCUCCUUCUGUGGAUUCCCAGCAGAGUGUUACUGUGGUCCUGUUUCAGGAUGAGAGCACGUUGGUCUCAGCAGGAGCUGUGGAUGGGAUAAUCAAGGUGUGGGAUUUACGAAAGAAUUAUACUACUUAUCGACAAGAACCCAUAGCAUCCAAGUCUUUCCUGUACCCAGGGACCAGCACUCGAAAACUAGGGUACUCAAGUUUGGUUUUAGAUUCUACUGGUUCUACUUUAUUUGCCAACUGCACAGAUGACAACAUCUAUAUGUUCAAUAUGACUGGCUUAAAAACUUCUCCAGUGGCUGUCUUCAACGGACACCAGAACUCUACCUUUUAUGUAAAAUCAAGUCUUAGUCCAGAUGACCAGUUUUUAAUCAGUGGUUCAAGUGAUGAAGCUGCCUAUAUUUGGAAGAUUUCCAUGCCCUGGCACCCUCCUACUGUGCUCCUGGGUCAUUCUCAAGAGGUCACGUCUGUGUGCUGGUGUCCAUCGGACUUCACCAAGAUUGCUACCUGCUCUGAUGAUAACACACUAAAAAUCUGGCGCUUGAACAGAGGUCUGGAGGAGAAGCCGGGGAGCGAUAAACAUUCCAUAGUGGGUUGGACUUCUCAGAAGAAAAAGGAGGCGAAAGCUGGCCUAGUAAUGGUAGCAAGUAGCCAGACUACUCCUGCCAAAGCCCCCCGCACCAAGAGCAACCCGUCCACUUCCUCUCCAUCAGCCGCAGCUUGUACUCCUAGCUGUGCUGGAGACCUCCCUCUUCCUUCGAACACCCCCACCUUCUCAGUCAAGUCCACUCCUGCCAAGACCCGGUCUCCAGUCGGCAGAAGAGGCGCCACCUCGUCGGUGUCUCCCAAGCCACUCUCCUCUUACAAGAUGUCUCUUAGAAAUUGGGUGACCCGAACACCUUCCUCGUCACCACCUGUCACUCCACCUGCUUCUGAGACAAAGAUCUCAUCUCCAAGAAAAGCCCUUAUUCCUGUGAGCCAGAAGUCAUCACAGGCAGGCGCUUGCUCUGAAUCUAGAAAUAGAGUGAAGAGGCGUCUAGAUUCAAGCUGUCUGGAGGGUGUGAAGCAAAAGUGUGUGAAGAGUUGCAACUGUGUCACUGAGCUUGACGGCCAAGUGGAGAGUCUUCACUUGGAUCUGUGCUGCGUUUCCAGCAACCAGGAAGCCCUUAGCAAGGACGCUGCAGGUCCUGCCAAAUUAAGCAAGGUUGAAGGCACUGGUACAGCCAUCUCAGAGCCUCCUUCUCCUGUCAGUCCUUAUGCUUCAGAAGGCUGUGGAACCUUGCCUCUUCCUUUGCGACCUUGCGGAGAAGGGUCUGAGAUGGUGGGCAAAGAGAAUAGCUCCCCAGAGAAUAAGAACUGGUUGUUGGCCAUGGCAGCCAAACGGAAGGCUGAAAAUUCAUCUCCACGAAGUCCGUCAUCCCAGACACCCAGUUCCAGGAGACAGAGUGGAAAGACGUCACCAGGCCCGGUCACCAUUACUCCCAGCUCCAUGAGGAAGAUCUGUACAUACUUUCGUAGAAAGUCUCAAGAUGACUUCUGUAGUCCUGAACACUCGACUGAAUUAUGAUUCUAAUCAAAGUUCACUGAACUUGGGUCUGCAAAGAUGGAUGAAAAGUGACUUUAUAAUUCUGGUCUUUGAGAAAAUGGUCAUCUUUUCAUUUUGGAAAAUUUAGCAGAGCUAGUCAGAUCACAGUGUCUAGGGUAGACACAGCUUUCUGGGGUGAGUGCUGUUUCCGUUUCAUGUGAUGAUUUGUCAUGUGUAGCCUUUUCUAGCAGUCUGUGAUAAUGACACCCCGCUCAUGGAACCAGAAAGCAAGAUGUGCCUGCCUCCUGUUGUCCUAAUCUUGUGCAUAGUGGAGAGUGUCUGCAAGUCCAGCACAGGGCCCGUCGGUGGAGGCCGGUCUGCAGUCUGAGCACAUCCGCUUCAGUCGUCAGAGGGCAUAAGUGAAGGAGCAGGGUCUUACGUGAAAUAUAUAAUCUGUUCACUAAGCGUGUGUGUGUGUGUGUGUGUGUGUGUGUGUGUGUGUGUGUGUUUCAAACCGUAUAAAAUGUGAUGUUCACAUAAGUUCAUUCAUUGUUUCUGUGUUAAAAUAUAGUAUCUUGAGUUGAAGUCGUGAUUAUUUUAAAUACAGUGAUCAGUGUCAAUUGAGAAAGUAGGACAAAACAACCAGAAGUUUGUUUCUUGAAAGCUGUGGAGGACCCAUGUUUUGUAUGUGUGCAGGGGUGGUUUUUUGUUUGUUUGUUUGUUUUUUGUUUGUUUGUUUUGGUUUGUUUUUUUUUAUUGGUUUUUCAGAUUUCACAAACCAGCAUCGCUCUUGCGGUAGGGUAGGGGGUUGUUGAGCACUUUCUUGAGAGAGAUGCUUUAUAGUCAGUAAUUAUACUCUGAAACCGGGACUUAACAUUUAGAUAUAUUUCUCAGUUCUCCAGGGUUUGUGACUUUUUCCUUUUUUUAUAUCAUCAUAUUUUUAAGAUAAAGUAAUAAUUUCUUACUGGUAUUUUUAUAAAAGACAUUAGCUCUGAACUGAAAAUCUAGAACCAGGGAAAAUAAGCCUUGGUGUUUUUAAUUUUACAAAAAGCUCUAGCUCUCUAGUAAGCAGAAAAGAAAAGAGCAGCACUUUAUUUAGAUGGUUAGUGCAGAGGGUGGGUCAGCUGACUAAAUAGUAUGCAAAGUGCUUUAACCUUUAUUUCCCUUAAAUGCUACGUGUUGUGGCAGUCCUCAUGAAAUGAGUGUCGUUAUAGCCCCGUUGGAAGCCUCUUGGAAAGAAACCUUAUGUUUUGGGAAGGUGUCCCCUUACAGUUAGGAAAGAGUUUUUCAAAUCCCUGAGGACUGGUUAAACUUUAUUUUUGUGAUUUUAAAUCUUUUAGUAAAAGCUUUAAUUCCUUUGAGGUUGUAAGUUAAGCUUAUAAAACAAGCAGGACUGGAUAAGGAAUAAGCAUUGGUUUUCUCUGGUUUUAUUCAAGAAAAAUUGAAAGGAAGUCAAAUUACAGUCAAAAAACCACACACAUGGCAGCUUAAGCUGAGUGCUGAGGAAUCUGCAGUGCUGAUUGCUUGUUGGUUGUUAGGCAGCGGGGGUACUUUUAAUGAUACAUGCCUUCCAAUAAUGUUGAGUACCUCUUGUUCUGAAAGCCAGUGGUGGUAGUCAGUAAAACAGGUGAUUGGUGGCCACUGGGGUAAGUGGCUGUCAGAAACUGCAGACUCUGCUUGGGAAACUAGUGUCAUGGUGGGUGUCAAAGGUCAUGUGUAACAAAGUAGUGAUUAUCCCUGCCUUUUUUAGUGUCAGACUUUGAGCUGAGUCUGAAUAAUCAGCCCUUUAUCUUGUCUGGUGCCCUUUCCCAACUGACCUAGAAGCAGUCCUCACAAAAAGGAGUGGUAAUCUAGAGUCCCUUUUGCUUGUUAUGGAGUAAAAUAUAUUUGUUUACAAAGAUAUAAUCUAAUUCAAGCUGAAAGAGGUUCUAAUAAAUGUCUUACUCAGA